UUAGGGUUAUUUUCCCGCUAUUUCCCCUUGCCUCGUCAGCAUCAUGGCGGCGGGACUGAAUCGAUCUCGAGCGCUCGAUGAGGAAUCAAUUCGCCUCAAGAGCUCUCGUCAGAUCUCUGCAGCCGGUUCGUCCUCAACGUUCCGAAAGAGGACCUUGAAUCGUUCGAGAGGAUCUUAUUCCUCCUGGAGCAAGCCCACUGGUUUUACGAGGACAACUCCGUCGAGCAAAAUCCGUCGCUGAAAUCGCUUUCUUUCAAGGAAUUUACAUCCCUCAUGUUUAAUAGUUGCGCUGCUUUGAGGCCAUAUAUUGCGCACAUUGAUGACAUUUAUAAGGAUUUUACCUCGUACAAGUUUCGGGUUCCGGUGACGGGUGCAAUCAUAUUAGAUGAGACCUAUGAAAGGUGUUUGCUUGUAAAAGGCUGGAAAUCCAGUGCAAGUUGGAGUUUUCCUCGUGGUAAAAAGAGCAAAGACGAGGAAGAUCAUACAUGUGCUGUCCGAGAAGUUUUGGAGGAAACAGGAUGUGAUGUUUCUAAACUUCUGAAAAUGGAUGAUUAUAUUGAAGUUGUAAUUGGCCAGCAGAGGGUUAGACUCUACAUAAUUAGUGGGGUGAAGGAAGAUACUGUCUUUGCACCUCUAACCAAAAAGGAGAUCAGUGAGAUUUCAUGGCAUAGACUCGAUGAACUUCAACCUGCAGGGGAAGAUGCAAUGUCACGGGGAAUAAAUGGAUUAAAGCUUUACAUGGUUGCACCUUUUUUAAUGUCUCUAAAAUCGUGGAUAUCUAGUCAUCCUCCUCCAGUGGCUCAGAAAUCUGAUUCAUCUACUAGAGGGACCUGCGUUUGGAAAGCAAAGAACAAUUCAGGAGGAGGAACAAGCUCAGAAAACGCAUUACAGAGAGUUGGGUCUGAGCCUCAAACUGUUGAUAUCGGUCCAGGUAAAAGCUUCAGAAAUUUCAGGUUUGAUACGCCCAGAAUCCUACAAGCCAUGGAAUCUGCUUUCGCUUCUAGCUGAUGUGUUUGUAGGUCCAGGAACUAAGGUGUAAAGAAUCUCUCCUUUGUAGAACCUGAUGAAGUUACGAAACUCUACUACCCAAAUAUCGGUGUUUGAUUAUGUGUUAGCAUAGUAAUUAUUCAUACCUGUUCACUGUUUGAUCUUGGCUUAGCUUUAUUGUUGGUGCUAGACUGCUAGUUGCUCUUGACAUAUGUCCAGUUAACUCUUACUGGAAGUCUGAUGAUGUGCAUUAUUUUUUA